AUGUCUGAAGAAUCUGCCGCUCCUGCUGCUGCUCCAGUUGUUGAAGGCCAAGAACCUGUAAUCUUAGGUGAAGAUGGUCAACCAUUAUCAAAGAAAGCUUUGAAAAAGUUACAAAAAGAACAAGAAAAGCAAAAGAAGAAGGAGGAAAGAGCUCGUCAAUUGCAGUUGGAAAAAGAACAACGUGAAAAGGAAGAAGCUAACCAAGUUGAUACUGCUGCCGAUAACUAUGGUAAGUUACCAUUGAUUCAAUCAAACCCAGCCGAUAUUACUGGUGAAAAAAGAAUCAAAUUAAAUGAAUUGACUGAAUCAAUGGAUGGCCAAACUGUUCUAUUCAGAGCUAGAGUCCACAACACUAGACAACAAGGUGCCACUUUAGCUUUCUUGACUUUAAGACAAGAAGGUGAAUUGAUCCAAGCUUUAGUCAGAUGUAACAAAGAUGGUUCUAUUACCAAAAAGAUGACUAAAUGGGCAGGUUCAUUGAACUUGGAAUCCAUUGUUUUAGUUCGCGGUGAAGUUAAAAAAGUUGAAGAACCAAUUAAAUCAGCCACCAUUCAAAACUUGGAAAUUCAUAUCACACAAAUCCAUUCCAUCAGUGAAACUCCUGAAAACUUACCAAUUCUAUUAGAAGAUGCUUCUAGAUCUGACGAACAAGCCGAAAAAGCUGGUUUACCAGUUGUCAACUUGGACACAAGAUUAGACGCCCGUGUUAUCGAUUUAAGAACUAUCACUAACCAAGCUAUUUUCAGAAUUCAAAGUGGUGUUUGUCAAUUAUUCAGAGAAUUUUUAAUUAACAAGAAGUUUACCGAAGUUCACACUCCAAAAUUAUUGGGUGCCGCUAGUGAAGGUGGUGCUAACGUAUUUGAAGUUUCUUACUUCAAAGAUGCCAAGGCUUAUUUGGCCCAAUCUCCACAAUUCCACAAGCAACAAUUGAUGGUCGCUGAUUUUGAAAGAGUCUUUGAAAUUGCUCCAGUUUUCAGAGCCGAAAAUUCCAACACUCACCGUCAUAUGACUGAAUUUACCGGUCUUGAUUUAGAAAUGACCUUUGAAGAAAACUACCAUGAAGUUAUGGAUACUUUAAGCGAAUUAUUUGUAUUUAUUUUUGGUGAAUUAAACAAGAGAUUUGCUAAAGAAAUCGAAACUGUUAGAAAACAAUAUCCAGUCGAAGAAUUCAAGUUACCAAAAGAUGGUAAAAUGGUUAAAAUCAAUUACAAAGAUGCCAUUUCUAUGUUAAGAGAAAAUGGUAAGACUGAUAUUGGUGACUAUGAUGAUUUAAGUACUGAAAAUGAAAAGUUUUUGGGUAAGUUAGUUCGUGAAAAAUACGAUACUGAUUUCUAC